UUCGACAGUUUUGUAGUUUUGUGAGAAAAGUUGGAUUUGUGGUUGAGCAAUUGGUCGAGUGACCAAGAGGGGCUCAUUUAUUGUAACAAUUGUUUGGAGAAUAAAAGAAAAUUAACGAGUAAAUCGACCAAGUUAUUGAUUUGACCUGUCGACAUCUUUGAAUUGAUCGAUUUGUAACGAGAGUUGUGGAUAUCGGAGAGAGUAAUUUUGACAAGGGAAAGAGGAGUUGGAAACGAGAAAGGACGUUUGACUCGAGUGACAGAGGUGAGAGGAGUCGUGACAAGGCAAAGCGAAGGCGGAGAGAGAACUAUCGUUCAGUACCGCAUUUACCAAAGUACGACAUGCCACGCAGAGGAUUGACUGGGGAGUUGACGGGAGAUACUAGGAGAAUACCACGACGUGAGGGCAGCGCGCUGUUGCCAGACAAGUGGAAGGGAAAUGACGAGCUGUGCAAGAAGUUUAACAUGCCAGAGGCCAAACUGACAGAGGUUUCAAAGGAAGCGCCCAAAUCAAAGUUGGUACCGGCCAAACCACCAAUUGUGGAACUGCUUCCGACGAGAGAAACUCCAUUGUUGGUCGAUAUUCCCCCUCCAGCGUAUUAUGACGUGACAGCUCCUAAGAAAAAGGAGAAGAACCUGGCGGAGGCCAUCCGAGAAUUGACAGAGUUGAUGGCAGGACUACCGAUGGAAACCAUCAACUUGGCGAUUCGCCAAUUGAUCGAGGAGCGCAGGAACUCGAGUGGAAAAGAGGAGUGAUUGGAGCUGCUCGAUAAUUAUUUUGACAUGGGAUGGGAUGGUUUGCUUUUGAGUUUUUCUUUUUCUUUUUUUUUGAGUUUGUUACAGGUUCGGUUGAUUUUUCUUUUUGGUUUUGACGUGUUAUCUGGAGGUAACACGGACUAGGAGAGGGGCUUUGUGACGAAGUGGUCGUCAGACAUCCCCUGUUUAAAAUGACGCGCUUGAUUGUCGGGCCCAGGAGGUGGCGCCGCCAAACGGAAGAAGGUGUAGCUAGCCGCCGGGACGCCGAAAUCAGAUGUUCGCGUCAAGAGUAU